AUGACAACUUGUAAAUUGGACGAAACCUUUUCAUCCAAUCUAUUAAUUUUCAAAAUCAGAGACUCGGCACCGAAAGAAAAGUCUCGUUUAAUCCUCCAAACACUUUUAUCCCUUGUUAAUAUGAUUAUUGAAAAAAGGAUGGAAGAGGAAACUAAACAGUUUAUUAAUGCUUUAAAUAAUUUAAAUCAUGAUGAGGAUAGGUUUGAUGAUAGUUAUGAUACCAACAGUCGGCAGAAUAAUGACAGUUUCGAGACAAGAAUAAUCAUUGCCUUUCUUGAUUGGAUUAGGGACAAGAAAUAUAUCUAUCGGCAACUCUUUGAUUUGUAUCUAUUUGAGAGAGAGAAAUUUAAACUCAUUUGUGAAAAGUUAAAUUUGUGGGAGAAUGAAGAGUUUGUGAUGGAGGGUUUUGAACUAUUUCCAAGAUUUUUGGAAUAUUGUCCAUUUAAGAUGAGAAAUAAUAAGGAAAUGGUUCUUAGAGCAGUUAAAUUUGAUGGAGAUUUGAUUGAAUUCGCUUCUGUUGACUUACGACAAGACAGAGAUGUAACACUAGCUGCUGUUCAAUCAGGAUGCUCCUAUUCUAAUAUUAACUCUGUGUUUAGUCAUGAUAGAGAGAUUGUUUAUCAAUUUCUUCUGAGAGAUAGUAAUGGUAGAAUACUAGCACUUGCAUCGAAGGAAAUGCAAAAUGAUAAAGAGCUAUUUUACACAGCAAUCAGGAAAUGCCAUUCGGGUGUACUUCGUUAUGCAAGUCAAGAGUUACUCAAUGACAGAGAUUUCAUGUUGAGAGCUGUUCAAUUGAAAGGGAGUGCCUUGGAAGUUGCAAGUAGUGAGCUAAAAAACGACAAGACAUUUAUUAUGCAAGCUGUGAAAUACCUCAUGUAUGCAAUGAAUUUAGUUUCUGAUGAAAUGAAAAACGACAAAGAAAUAGCCCUGACUGCUGUUUCACAUUUUGGAUUAGGAUUAGAGUUUCUCUCUGAAGAUUUGAGAAAUGAUAAGGAAAUUGUUAUGAAAGCAGUUAUGCAAGAUGGAUAUGCGAUAAAAUUCGCAUCUGAUGAAUUGAAACAUGAUAGACAAGUGGUUUUAAUUGCUGUUAAAAGGAGUGGUUAUUUAGCUUUGGAACACCUUCCACAUUUUCAUAAUGAUAGAGAAAUUGUGCUCCAAGCAAUACGGUGUCCAUUUACUGGUUCUACUUUGAGAUUUUGUGGAGAGGAGCUCAGAAAUGAUAAAGAUCUGGUCAUGGAAGACAUUUAUUGGGAGAUUGGAACUGAAUCUAUAAGUGGUGUUUUACAGUGCGCAUCCAAUGAUUUGAAACGUGAUAAGGACUUUAUGCUAAAUGCUCUUAGAAUAUCAGGAUCACCUUAUUAUGGGUUUGAAGAUUUACCGAAUGAGAUGAAAACUACAGAGUUUGUUAUUGAGAUUCUUUCAACAGCAAGGGAACCUAUCAGGUGGGAAUGCGUGGAUAGUGUCCUUAGAGAUGAAAGUGAAGAUAUUACAAAUACUAGAGAGAUUAUUAUGCAUGCAGUUAAGAUGGAGGGUAUGUCCCUUUAUUUUGCUUCAGAGGAGCUGAAGAGUGAUAGAGAAAUCGUCUUAAAUGCUGUUCAAAGAGAUGGUUCUGUACUGCGAUAUGCUUCUGAUGAAUUGAAAAAUGAUAGACAAGUUGCCCUUCAAGCUGUAAAACAGAAUGAAACAGCUUUUGAAUAUAUCAGUGAAUCUUUAAGAAAUGACAGAGAAUUUAUAAAACAAGCCAUCAAAGAGAACGUUGCUGUGCUUGCUUAUGCACCCAUUGAGUUGAAACAAGAUUUAGAAAUAGUCUUACAAGCAAUUAAAUCAGACAAGAACGCAUUCAAUAACGCUUCCAUUGCAUUUAGAAACGACAGAGAAUUUUUACAAGCUCUCAAGACCAAUGGGUGCUAUCUUCAUCGAGAUUCAUAUUCUGAGUUAAGAAACGAUAAAGAAUGGGUAUUGAAUGCAGUCAAAUUGCAUCAAAAUGAGUUUAAAUGUGCUUCUGCAGAUUUGCAAAGGAAUAGAGAAAUUAUUUUGGCUAGGUUGCAACAUGGAGGUAUUUUAUGUUUAGAAACGACUGAACUUUACAAUGAUAAGGAAAUUGUAUUGCAAGGAAUUACCUCUUAUAGUAUACCAUUCAAUCAUGCUUCUGUCUCAUUACAAAACGAUAGGGAGUUCAUUAUUCAAGUUGUCAAACUUAACACAAGUAUGCUCUCACAAAUUUCUAUGGAAUUUAGGAAAGAUAAGGAGCUUGUUAUGGAAGUAGUGAAACAUAAUGGACUGGCUUUAGAAUAUGUUUUAUACGAGCUCCGUAGCGAUAAGGAAAUUGUAAUUCAAGCUGUAAAGAAUAAUGGAAUGUCAUUACGUUUUGCUGACAACUUACUUUGCAAUGAUAAGGAAGUAGUUCUGGAAGCUGUCAAACAAUGUGGAAUGUCACUUUUAUUUGCAUCAGAUGAACUGAGAAAUGAUAGACAAGUUGUUUUGGAAGCAAUCAAGCAGGAUUCUAAUAUUAAAUCAGACGAAAUUCAUAGAAUUGCAUUAAAUUAUGCCUCAAGGGAAUUGAGAAAUGAAUUUAUCAAUCAAGGAUUUUAUAGAAAGGAAAUCGUUGAUGCUUGGCGAGAAUAUUAG